UAAAUGUUCAAUCCGCUAGAAAUUCUCUACGAGCCACAGUUUCAUUAAUUUAAUAGCUAAUAACCCAAACACUCGUUAUCAUUAUAGAAAAAUUGCUACAAAAGCAGUACCAGUUGCGAAAUUAUUUAUAAAGGUAUUUCUUCGUAUUAAUUUUAUUACUAGCCCACUGACGAUGGAAAGCAAUGGCAACAAUGCAGGCUUCAACAUGGAAACCAUACGUAGUGCAAAUGGUGACAAAAGGCAAGACCAGAUACUCCUACAACCCUUCACUUAUGUUCUCCAAGUUCCCGGUAAAAUGAUUAGAGGAAAGCUUGCUCAAGCUUUCAAUUAUUGGAUGAGAAUUCCGGAGGACAAGCUCAUGGCAAUAUCCGAAGUCAUUCAUAUGUUACACAACGCAAGUCUCUUAAUAGAUGAUAUCGAGGACAGCAGUGUACUCCGAAGGGGAAUCCCUGUAGCCCAUAGUAUAUAUGGCGUUGCUUCAACAAUCAACUCUGCUAAUUAUGUUUAUUUUCUUGGGCUGGAGAAAGUUCUUGCUUUAAGUCAUCCUAAGGCAACUACAGUAUUCUGCGAGCAGCUGCUUGAGCUUCACCGAGGCCAGGGGAUGGAAAUAUACUGGCGAGACUCCUUUACGUGUCCUUCUGAAGAUGAGUAUCGCCAAAUGACAAUUAGGAAGACGGGUGGACUCUUUGGCUUGGCCAUUCGCUUGAUGCAGCUUUUCAGUCAAGUUCAAGAAGACUUCUCGACAAUCACUGGAAUUUUAGGCUUAUACUUCCAGAUUCGUGAUGAUUAUGCGAACUUGUGUAUGAAAGAGUAUAGUGACAGCAAAAGCUAUUGCGAGGAUCUGACUGAAGGAAAAUUCAGCUUCCCUGUCAUCCAUGCAAUCAGAACAAAACCAGAUGAUCAACAAGUCAUCAAUAUUAUUCGACAGCGUCCAAAAGACUUAGAAGUAAAGAGGUAUUGUGUGUCCCUACUUGAAAAGUUUGGAUCACUUCAACACACGAAAGAAACCUUGAUAACACUGGAAGGUGAAGCUAGGGAAGAAAUUCGGAGAUUAGGUGGUAAUCCUCAUCUAGAGAAAGUUAUGGACGAACUACGAAACUGGGAAAACUUGUAAUUGGCUCAUGCUACCGAACUUUCUCUUUGGACUGUAACCUAAGCUGAUGCUUAGUUAAAAUAUAUAAAUUUCUUUUUCUUUUGUGUGUAACCUAUGGUAAUUUUAUCUUCAGUCUUUAUAUAAUAUUUUAUAUAAAACAACUCAUUGCCAAAGUCUAGUUUAACAUUUAUGUAAAAUAGUUUAUGUAAUGGUUUUUAUUUAUAUGUGAUGAUUUAUUCUAAAUAGUUGUACAAGACUUCCCCC